UCACCUUUCUCUGUAUCCGCAGUCUCUGGUCAUCUCCUGUACUGUGUCCGCAGUCUCUGGUCAUCUCCUGUAUUGUGUCCGCAGUCUCUGGUCAUCUCCUGUACUGUGUCCGCAGUCUCUGGUCAUCUCCUGUACUAUGUCCGCAGUCUCUGGUCAUCUCCUGUACUAUGUCUUCAGUCUCUGGUCAUCUCCUGUACUAUGUCCGCAGUCUCUGGUCAUCCCCUGUACUGUGUCCGCAGUCUCCGGUCAUCUCCUGUACUAUGUCUGCAGUCUCUGGUCAUCUCCUGUACUGUGUCCGCAGUCUCUGGUCAUCUCCUGUACUAUGACUGCAGUCUCUGGUCAUCUCCUGUACUGUGUCCGCAGUCUCUGGUCAUCUCAUGUACUGUGUCCGCAGUCUCUGGUCAUCUCCUGUACUGUGUCUGCAGUCUCUGGUCAUCUCCUGUACUAUGUCUGCAG